AUGAUGUGGUUACGUUUCCUUCUAAUUGCUUCGGCAGUCUUUACUUGCAGUGGCUUCCAAAGCCACAGGGUGCACAAUCACGUUACAUCACCUUUCAAGACAUCACCUUUGUUCCGUACACAACAAGCUUCCGGUCGGGGAAAUGUCGACCAUGAAUUGGAGAAAGAGAGUCGUCUUAAGAGCUUCAUGAAACGCCUCGAUACUACCAAGGCUGCUGGAUUGGAAGACGUCAAAAUGGCUGGAAUUAUUAGCAAGAUACAUGGCCCAAUUACCUAUCUAGCCCUUGGACUGCUUGUAGGAUUGAAGAACAGAUGGUGCUUCAAAAAUCCCUACUAUUGGUUUGCCAUGGCAUUUUUUGUCAAGUGGUACCGUGCUCGAUAUGUUUUCAAGAUUCCAGUGUGGGAUCGUCAACCAAACUGGAACAAUAUUAUCACAAGCAAGGAACAAGAAAAGGAUCUAAAGGCUUUUACUUGCAAGAAAUGUGGAUCUACAAUCUUUAUUGCCAAGAGUCGUGAAUUCUUCUUUGAGGGUAACACAGGAAUUGGUGGAUUGGGUUGCUUUACAUGUGGUGCCAAGGGAGCAGACAACUUUGUUAUGGAUCGUGAUCGCAUCGUGGAAGAUGUUGCCGAUGUGGAUGACUACUUUGAGUACGAGCGACCGCUUGAUUUCGUUUCGGCUGCCGAACGACGAAAAGUGCUGAAAGAGGCAGGAGGGGACGAAAACGUCGCCAACGAGCUCCUUCUUGCAAAGGCAAAUGCAGAAGCAGGAGUUGAGACGCCGCCUCCUGAAGUCAAAGCUGAGGAAGCUAUCGAUGCCGAGGUUGAAGAAACCACGGUGAACGGUAGUAGUGAGAGCGAGGAGCCCGAAGAAGAACCCACACCCAAGCCUGUGGAAGAGCCGGAAGAAGUGACUGUUGAAAUGAAGGUGGAAGAACCGAAACCACAACCAGAAACCCCAAAACCUACAGAGAAAAAAAAAGUGUCAGAGCCAAAAAAGGCUGCCUCUGAUAGCGAUGACGAUCUUGACGAUCUUGGUAUGGAUGACUUCUAA